GGCCGCGGCCAGAGCUGCAGCCGGAGCUCAGGCUUGAGGACAGUGCUCCAGCCGGGCCCCUGCGCCGCUGGGAGUCCGACAGGGGAGGCGGGGAGUCCAGGCGCUUGGUCCUGCUCUACUGAUUGGCUGAGUGACCUUGGACCCUGCUGCUCCACUGGAGGACGGGAUCCAUUUUACCCAGUAGCUUUGCCUUCUUGCGUCCCCCAGAAACGUCAAAGUGUGAAGGGCUGGCGUCACUGGCCCACAUACCCAGGCUGAGGCUAACAGUCUUGCCCUGUUCUCCUUCUGGCAGAUGAGGAAGCCGAGGCCAAGUGAGGGACAGUGACAUACGCACUCUUCGGAACCAGGUAGUGGUGGCCCGGAAGUCCAUGUCGUGAGGCCUGGAGGCGCGUUGCCAUCAUGCCUUGGGACGCACGGCGGCCCGGGGGUGGUGCAGAGGGCGGCCCGGAGGGCGCAGGUGCCGCGCGCUCUCAGGCGCAGAAGCAGUGCCGCAAGUCGUCGUUCGCCUUCUACCAGGCUGUGCGUGACCAGCUACCCGUGUGGCUGCUUGAGGACAUGCGCGCCAGCGAGGCUUUCCACUGGGAUGAGCGUGGCCGCGCUGCCGCCUACUCGCCAUCCGAGGCGCUGCUCUACGCACUGGUGCAUGACCACCAGGCCUACGCACACUACCUGCUGGCCACCUUCCCGGCGCUCUAUACGCCCGCGGGCACCGCCGGCCUGGCCUGCCACGAGCUGCUGGGGGACCGGCCGCGCUGGCAGCGGCUGCUGGGCGAUGACAAGUUCCAGUGGCUGGCCGGCCUGGCGCCACCCUCACUCUUCACACGUGCCAUGCAGGUGCUCGUCACCGCCAUCUCGCCCAGCCGCUUCCCCGAGGCCCUGGACGAGCUGCCGCUGCCGCCCUUCUUGCAGCCCCUGGACCUUACAGGGAAGGGCUAGGCCGCAGGCUGCUCUGGACGCAGGACUUCACGGGACAGGGACAGGCGGAUGGUCUCCCAGGACGAAGAACCUCGAGGGACGGCCGGGUCGCAGGGUCUCUCGGGACAGAGCCAUGCCCGCAGGUCACCCAGGACUUAAGGUGUAGGGAAAAGGGGCUUUCUGAGUAUUGUACCUGGCAUUUUACAAACACUGGUCUCUAUGCAGCGA